AUGUCCGUGGGCGCUGACUACUUGAGCGCCUUGCUCGACUACAAUGGACGCCUGCAAGAGCGCAUCCUGCGCCGCAUCCUCAUCAUUGAGUACGAAACGGACAGCCUUCUGGCGCUACGAUGCGCCCUGGUACCUCUGCAGAUCCCGGGUCGCAAACGAAAACGACACAGUGAACCUGUCGUCGCUCAGGAGACGUGUUGGAGCGUGGAUGCCGACACGGCUCGCCAUCACUGGAGCACAGAACUUUGCGAAGCACUGAACGAUGAGGCGGCGAAGGUGAACUGCAUUGCUUCGCUCUGUCCGCACGCAAAAGAGCGCUGGUAUGCAGUCGCCGAGGCACUUCGCCGCGCCGGACACCCGUCCUUCACCCCGUACGAGCUGGCUACCAAGUACAAGGAGAUGCACAGCGAUGCAAGACCCUUUUCGCCCAGUGAGGCUCGCUUCGUGUGCCAGUAUGUCCAAGAAAACGGACGCGACUGGGUGGGACUGUGCCAAGCACUGCGUCAGCGUCUGGGACACGUGCGCUUACCUUUUCAAGUAGCCCAGCAAUACCGCCAGAGGUUGCGGUGCGCUUUUGUCGAGAAUCGCCUCACAUCAUCUCAGCUCCUCACCCUGUUAGCGGACCUGCCCCCUUCUCCGCAACGUCGCGACUUUGCCGCGCUCUCGGUUGAGGCGCAGCGGUUCACCUCGCACAAGACACUCCAGAUAAGCCCGCUUUACUUGAAGAGAGAGCUUGAGCCCCUCGAUUUUGCUGCCCGGGUGCCGGCGUGCCACCAGCUCUACUGGAAAGUCGUGAACCUUCUGUGCAACUUCUCCCUCUCGCACCCCAACCGGCUUGAUGCGCUUCAGCACAAGAUGCCGUUCUGCUACCAGCAGCUUUCCCUAGCCGACCUCGCACGCUCCCUCCAAUGCGAGGCGGUGGAGCUGCAGGAGAGAGUCGUCCACGCACUCCUGCGUCUCAGUCGUUCACCAGAGGCACUCAAUUAUGAGGAAUGCUCCAAGAAGCUCUUCGGGACGGCGUGCGGUGCACGGCUGAUCUACCUAAUCUCCGAGAAGUUGCACGGAAAAGACACCUGA